AUGGUCACUCGUCCGGAAGCUGCCAAAGUGGAUGAUGAUGCAGACCUUUUCAGCAUUGAAGAUGACUUCGAUCAACUCCUGUCAGACGUCCUCAAAAAGCCAGACAAGCCGUCACCGAAACCCAAACCCUCUCCAACCAAGAAGCCCGUUGUGGCCAGUGGGGCCAAGCCAGCUCCAGCCCAGCGACCAUCACCAGCCGCUCGUAAGGCUACCACCACCCCGGGGAAAACCCCACCAAAGCCUGCUCCAAGGAGAGGCACACCGACGAGCACGGGGGAGACUGUGGCGCCCGUCACCAAGGACACGACAAGUGGGAAGGUAGCCGGUGCUAUGGAUGAUGGCGACAUCUUGAAAUAUAUACAGGAGAAUGCAGGUGAUAGUGAGGCCAGCUUGGACCUCUUCUAG